UAGCAGAGAAAUCGAAAGUGACUGCUCCCCGAAGAUCCGAAGAUAAAAUAAAUAUAGAGAGGUCUCCAAAAAAAGUUCAUGUUACUGCCACAAGAUCCUCCCGGCAGAAGCUGAAGCACGCAGUUGACUUUCAAAAGUGUCAUUAAAAUCUAUGAAAAAUCGCAGUUAACGAAAAGGUUGCUGUAGCAGCAUUGAAGUCACCUAGGAGCAACAAGAACAACAAUCACAUCUCACAAUGCUUCUCAAGGUAUUUUUACUGGUCUUCGUCGCCACCCACUACUUGGUAGACUCAGCGAAUCCCCUUUCCAAUAUACCCAGCGAAAGUAAACCCAAAUCGUUCGAGGAGAUUUUACCAUCGGCGGUUCCCUUCGAGACCUCACACAAACAUCCGGGUGCCGGGGAGAGGAAGGAGGGAUUUCAAACCUCCCAUAAAAUAAGCAUAAGGGCCACCGAUUCCGCUGACUAUUCGAUGAAUCUGCUGCCUACUAAAGAGCGACCCGAAUUGAACCCCGUUUUGAGUGCAAUUAUCAACGAAGAUGUUAUGAAGAGCAUCGAGGCCAAAAGAGCCAUAGAAGAAGAGGAGCUGGCCGAGGUUAGGCGUGAAAUUGAGCAGGCCGCCGUGUUGGAGUUGGCCCAGAAGAGGGGCUUUACCACUACCGAGACACCUGCUAUUCUGUUGACGACUUUGCCCACAGCUGGCAAGAAGCUCGAUAACUUGGAUGAGGACAUAGUCGUGGAUCCUCACGAAGAUUUUAUCAACCAAAAUUUUGCCCUGGAGAGUGCGGGCAGUGAGAACACCAAGAAAUCCCGAAUAGAGAUUAAAAAGGGACCCAAUGGCCAGGACUACGAGUACGAGUAUGUCUAUUACUAUGAAGAGGACGAUGACUCAAGCAAGGUGGAUCCAUCUGCGGAGCCCGAGACGCGUGGUAAGACUAGAUAUACCAAUAUCGAGAGGAGCACGACGGCCACUCCGAGUGGAAAUAGCCUACAGAGUGGCAAGGCCAAAGGAAGAUCAUCUGAUACCUCUGAAGAUAUAGAGGCUGAACGCCUUCCAAUGAUCACUCGGUUUCCCAGCCGUGGUAAGAACAUUGAAGUGCCACCAACAGCAGCUCUUGAUUCUUUGGAAAUCGCUGCCGAGCGCAAGAAGAUUAGUGUAAAGCGCCCCAGUUUGGAGUUGGUGGAUAGUGCUACAUUCAACACGGAUGAGAAACAGACCAAGGCAGCUCGCAAGGGUGAAAAUGAAUUAAAACCAGUAAUUGCUAUCGAACAGGAGGAGGCAGCUAGAAAGAAAAUGCAACAGGUUAAGGAGGAGCAGGCAAGGAAAGAUAAGGAGACCGAAAUGUCAAUCGAUCAGGAGGAUUUUGAGCAGACCACGCCGUCCAUGGAGAAGGCCGCUCUAGAUCUUUAUGCCAUAUUGACCAAUGAAAACCUUAAUAACGAACAAACUACUGUAAUUCCGGAUACUGUGGGUUCAGAGGGUUUCACCACUUUUGCAACAGAAACUGCAAGUACUGAUGAGGAUGAGGCCGGUGUCAUGACCACCCUGAUUAAUGAUAUUUCAUCGAGUACCAGCACCACUACGACGGCAGCAACAACCACCACGACUACAACAACAACGGAACCACCUACAACAACCUCCACCACUACAACAACCACGGCUGCUCCCUCUCUUUUUGGUGGAAGGAGAGCUGGCUUGAGUGGUUUGGGCGGACGUAAUCGCUUUAAGUUAAACAGGGCUGAAGGUGGCAGCACCACCACUAGCACCACUGAGGCAUCGGUGGCUACAGAAACAAACAAGACUGGUAGAAAUCGUUUUUCGCGCCCCUCGAUAGGAGGGCGUUCUCGACCCGGAGCUCGCACCACCACAGCACCUGAUGCCACAUCAGUAGCCGCCCCUGCCGCCGAGGAGGGUAUAGUGGUUGCCAAGGAAGUCAAGCCUGUCAGUACGUCCUUCGCACGAGGAAGACCUCGCAACCGCUUUAGCUUGCGCGUCUCAACCACGACUGCGCGACCCAGCGAGGAAUCUCCAGCUGAAGAUGACGCCCCCGCCGAAUCUUCAUCAACCACUACAAGAAGCACAUUGAGGGGUCGUCCCGGACUAGGAUUACGUGGACGCAGUCGUACAACCACUUCAAAGGCACCCGCUAGUUCAGAGGGUGCCAAGGCGGUAGAGCCUACUGCAACUGCUAGUUCCGAGGACGUCAAGUCCGGAUUAACUUCGCCUUCUACCGGGGAAUCAGGGCGUCCGUCCCGUUUUAACAUUCACCGCGCUGGUGGCAAUCGUCUGUUGUCCCGCGGAAAACUGGGAAGAUCGGGAGUAAGCACGGAAGCACCCAAGGAAACACAAACUGCCGAAGAUUCCGCCGCCGAAAGCAGUAGCCAUCUCAACGACGUCAAAGAGGAGCAGACGUCCGGUGACGAGUUUAGCGAAAAGACGAACGAAGCAGGUGAUUCCGCCGCCGUCGUUCCAGCGGCUCCUGUAUCCGGGUUAAAUCGUCUUAGAACACGACCACGUCUCAACGCCCUAACGCAUAAGACUGAUGCGGUUAAGCCUAAGGCAUCCGCAGCCCCCGCCCCCGCGCCAAGGAAGAUUAAUCCCCUGUUGGCAAAGCGACGACUCCACCUGGGAGCCACUUCCACCACAGAGUCCCCCGCUGAGGAGGAGCAUUUAGCGCUGGACUCCUCCGCGGAGCAGUCCGACAAAGAGGAGUCGUAUUCCAGAGGAAGCAACGAAACGGGCGGAGAAGGCCUCGGUAAGCCGGAGCAUGAAACUACGGAAGCAACGGAGGCAACAACUAAGCAGCAGGCCCGCGGUCUUGGACUUUUGGGACAGCGUCGCCGUCUGCCGCUCCGCAAACCCGGAACGAUCCUGUAAAACAACAAAUUGCCAUCUACCCCCGUUUGAAUCCUGUAAUAAUAACUUGCCCAGAUUUGCUGCAGCAUACUCCUAGAGUUGGGCUGGGUGGCCAACACAAGCGAUAAUAACAUUUAACAAUUGUUUGAUAUAUGUACUUUUUUUAAGUUUUCUUCUCCUCGUACUUGCCUUCCAAAAACUCGUUAGCUUUGUACACAUAUGCCUUUAAUUAAAAUACUGAUAGAUGCGGAUAUUCUUUGCAAGUAAGAGUACCACUUACGUCAUUAGAAAAAGUCACCAAAAGGAAAAACAUGGAGC